AUGUUGUCGCCUCUUUAUUCGAAUGAUACUAUGGGAUAAAACAAUAAUUAUUAAAUGGCUAAUUAUCAAUAACUUCAAAGAGAAGAAAGAUGUUUAGAUAUUUUGGGCACUUUAUAGGGAAUCUCUAUUUAGUAGAGAUUUGAAUUUAUACUAGUGAUGACUGGUAAAGAUCUACAAUUAAAAUAAUUUAUUAGGAUUCCAGUCUCCGAACGUAUUUAGAGUGUUCCCAAUAAAUGAUUAAUGGCAAUAAUUAUCUCAAAAAGAAUUAUUCAAAUGCAAAGAAUUAUCUUCAAAUUUUGCAAGAGCUUCAUUUAGGUACUUCAUUUUAUAAACUUAGUCCACAUUAUCGGCCUUUUGAGAUGCUUGUUUAUGAUUGUAGAUUUAAAGAUUAAGAUAUUUUAUUUUAAAGCAGCUCUGAUCAAAUUGUUUUUAAAUUUGUUAGAAAGUAUAGGUGUACUUUUUGGUGUUUGAAUAGGUUCUAAUAUUUAUUAUUAUUUAAAAGGCCUCGUUUAGAUAUAUUUUAUCGAGAAAAAGGUUAUAAUCAAAAUUUAGGAUAUAUUAUUAAUCCUUUUGUUUUUUGCAAAUUUAGUUGUCAUAUUUUUGAUUCUCAAGAUCAAUUGAAAUAUAUCAUAGAUGCCCCUGGUUGCUAAUGUGAUGAAUUAACUUUUAAUAUUAAAACUUCUAAUGGAGAAGUAAUAAUGAAAUAAAUGAAUUUAGGUCGUUUCUUUUAUGAAAAAGCAAUUUAGAUAAUCUGGGUCUGAAUUGAUUGAUAAUUUUAGAGUUGUAUUUCCUUAAAAUGCUUCAAAAAUAGAAAAGGCCCUUCUUCUAGCAGCUACAAUUAUGUUUGAAUACAUGUACUUUGAAAGAAGACAUGGUCCACAAGCCAUCGAUUGA